AGCAAGCUUAUGGAUUUAUUUUACUGGGUGUUGCCUUACCAAACAGUGAACAUACUUAAAUAGUAAAGAGUGGACAAGAUUGUCUUUGGAUUUAUAUAUCUGAAUUUUUAUUUCAAAUAGGAAAGAGUUGAUUAUUACUAAACAUCCUGCGACCAAGAAUGCUUUGAGAUCGAAUGAUCAUUAAUACGGCAUUAAGAGAAAAAGUGAAAGAGCUCAGACUACAGAUCUGCUUGAAUCAAGUAACUGCAACAUUUUUCAACAUUUUCAAGCUUUUAGCACCGGUCAUGUUAGCUGAAGGGUUCCUCACAAGGAUUGGUUACGGCUACCACCAAAGUGAGUGUAUCAGGCCAGAUGGCUGCGCAAACUCCAAGAAGACACCUAAGACCAGCAGUAGUUCUUGGGAAGAACUCUUUGACUCACUGGACAGUACGGAAGGCAAUGAUGAAGAAAAUAUAUGGAGUGGAUCAGGGGCCUCAGCUACCACCAGUCAAGAGAAGGGAAAACCAACAUUCAUUCAAAAGAAAGAGGAAACAACCAGUGUGGAUGCCCGGGUACCCUUGGUUACUAGGAAGACAUCUGACAGUUUAAACAUACCAAAGAACUACACACACAUUCAAACUGAGGUGGAUUUGUACCAGUCUUGGUCCACCACUUGCCAGAGUUAUACUGAUCUGCAAAUGGUAGGAGAUAAUGUUACACCCUACAGUCCAACUAGCUUGCCUACUUGUCUGACAAAUGAUCAUGAAAGCUGUAAUUGGCCUAUCUUUCAGAUCAACAGUGCGUCUAUGUGGCCACAUCUGCCUGCCUCUUAUUGUGAAGGCCAGCAAUGUUCUAGAUCAGAUACAUUCCAUCAGAGUGAUAGAAGCAUUACCCUUCAGAAAGAACCAUUAUCCAACUCUGUGAUCAACAAUUACAUGGAGCAAAAGAUUACUGAACUGUACAAGCAGUACCUUGAAGAUAGCAUGACAAAAUAUGCCUCUCCAACUAACAUAAUGGGCUCUCAUUUCCUGAUGACCAGCAUUGACCAAAUUAGCCUGCAGAUUUCUCAAGAUAAAAAUAUGGAGCCUGCAAAAGCUAAGGAUAUGGUCCUCAAUUGCCUUCUUAGUGUCGCUUGUGCAACAAAUUCAUCUGAUAUCUGUACUCCUAACUUGCAGAUAUCAAAUCAACUGGCCCCAGGAUUUUGAAAGUUCUUUAUAAGCAGAACUGUAAACUGAAUGUUUUUUCAAUUAGUUUUGAAGUCUAUCUUGUGUCCCAGAUGUGAAUGGAUGACCAGCCCGUAUCAGUACGAUGACUUUCAAGAAUACAAUAAAGUAUCAUUUAAAACAAAUUUCCUCUUUGCUUUUCAGCACUGGUACCAAUCGGAGAUGCUUAGUCAACAAGCAAUCUGCUGGAGGAACUGAACAGGUCAGGCAGCAUCUGUGGGGGAAAGGAAUUGUCGAUGUUUCGGUUCAAGACCCUACACCAGGACACCUGACCCGCUGAGUUCCUGCAGCAAAUUGUUUGUUGCUCCAGAUUCCAACAUAUGCAGUCUCUUGUGGCUCUGAGCUGCUUAAUCUGUUGAUUACUGAGGAAUGAAGUCUUAUGCUGUAGAAAGGCUUUUAUACAUAUUGCGCUAAAUUGCAUUUUUCGAAAUGACUAAUUUCCUACUUAAUUAAAUCAAGCAUACUAAAUUAUAAUGUAGGAUUGGUCUGAUACCAUUCUUCAAACUUUAUCCUAUUGUUCCAGUGCAACACUUCUGAAGAUUAGAAUUUCCAGUUUCUUUAAAAUUACAUUGUGUGAUACAAAUGUGCAAAUAUUUAAUACAUUUUGAAAUUGCUCCACCCCAAUGUUCUGAUAAAGAUAUUGACCUACUUACGGCACAGUUUCAGGUGACUGCAAAAGACAUUUUUAAUCUCAGGAAUAUUUCUGAUGAUUGAACGACACUUUAAAGCAGUCAGCAGUUCAGAGGGUUAAAGGUUAUGGUGUUGUUAAAAUUGUUGCUUAGAUACUAGUUGGUCAGCUGAGAAAAUGUGGAACAGAUUUAGUCAGUGGGUCUGACUGAAACUGCCUUCAAUGAUCUGGUGUAUUGUUGCGUUUAAGACCAAGUCAGGUAUGUUCAGGUGUUCAGGGCUGUGGAGUAUCAGGGAGAGGCUGGUACAGACUUCACCACCCAGCCUGAAUUGUACCCAGUUUCAGCAUCCCCAUUGUCUUUUACACAUUCAAAUCAAUGAUCUCUUCAGCUGGUAUAAUAGAAAUGACAGAGCCUUAGUUCAAGGAACAAGCUGACACUCGUCUCCAGGAGCAUGUAGUUCUGAUAGGUCACCACCAAUGAGCUUCUGCAGACUAACCUUCUCUACCAGAGAUCGCAAAAUGCCCAUAUUUUGGGUUGUAGAGACCCAUUUGACAUUCUCUGCAUUGCUGUUAGGUAAUGGCAGUUUUAUCAUCCAGUUCUGUGUUUUGUCUAUGUGGCCCAGUUCUGUGGAGCCAAUCAAGGCUUGUUCUUAUUUAAUUGGUACAUAGAUAGCAUAGAACAUGGAACAGUACAGCACAGGAACAGGCCCUUUGGCCCACCAUAUCUAUGCCGACCAUGAUGCCAAUUUUAACUAAUCCCAUCUGCCUGCACAUGGUCUGUACCCCACUAUUCCCUCCUGGUUUAUCAGCCUCUCUAAAUGCUUCUUACAUGUUGCUAUUGUAUCUGCUUCCAUCACUUCCCCUGACAGAGCAUUCCGGGCACCUACCACUUUUUGUGUGAAAAACUUGCCUUGCACAUCUCCUUUAAACUCCCCCCCCACCCCCCUCACC